AUGAAGACCGCUUUCGUUGCUGCCGCCGGCUUGCUGGCUACUGCCUCGGCCCAGUCCCUCUGCGCUGUCAACUGCUUCCAGACUGUGGUUACCGAGCACCCUCCUCUGUCUUGCAAGGAGGCCAACAUGUACCUUUGCUUCUGCAAGGGCAAGGAUCUCCAGAACUACUUUGCCCAGUGUGCUGCAGCAAAGUGUGGUUCCAACUAUGAUGAGACCAUCAACUUUGGUGUUGGUCUCUGCAAAGAUCUCGGCGUCCCCAUUGAUCCUCCUGCCCGUCCUGCGACCUCGACUUCCAGCCAGGCUCCCAUAGUUACUACUCCCUCCACGACCAGCAAAGCUCCGGUUGAUACUAGUGUCCAGUCCAGCACUGAGAAUGGCGUGAAGACUUCAUCGACCGCGGCGCCUCCUGCUCAAAGCACGACCUCGAAGGGAGCGUCCACCAUUGCUACCAUUACCCAGCAGCCGUCCCAUGCCACCAACCAGACUGGAACUCAGCCGACUUCCUCUGGCGUGGUCACCGCCGCUGCCAUGAACUUGCAGCUUGCCCCGGCCAUGUUGGCCGCCGUCGGUGUUGGAGCCAUGGCUGUCCAGCUCCUUUAA